AGAUUUGUCAUAAUACAUAACUAUUAUAUAUAUUUAAAUAUCUAUUUAUAAAUACAUAAAUCGAAAACAAAAUGGCGACUCUACAUAUGUAUGAAUACAGGAAUUGAUAAGUGUAAACAUUUAUGUGAAAGUAUCUUAGGUUAUUGAUAUAAACAGGAAAAAGAAAAAAAAAAUGAAUGUACGAAAAACCCAUUACUCAUCAAAGCCGGAACUAUGACUGGCAAUACUACGAUUGUUUACAAUCCCUUUCAUCUUUUUUGCUUGGACGAUUUCAUUCUCUCUCUCUCUCUCUCUCUCUCUCUCUCUCUCUCUCUCUCUCUCUCUCUCUCUAUGAUGUUUUACAUUUAAAAUAAUUCUUAGUAUUCUCAAUGUUUUUUAAAUAUUUUGUUAUUUUUUGUGUAUAGUAUAUUUAAAUACGAUAAAAUAAAAAAAGAAUAAUAAUUCAGAAUUAUUGGGCAAUUCGAUUAUUAAAUGAUUAAAAUCAAUAGUUUUCGAAAAAUAUAUUGAAAUAUAUAAUUUUUAUUGCAAUAACAAAAUAUAAAAUAAAUUCGACUCGCCAAAUGAGUCACCGAUCUCUAUUUUGAUUAUAACGUUGCUAAGCAACGAUUAGGAUACCUUUACUAUUCUCUUGAUUACGACUGUAUUGCUUUUACUACAGUACACGAACGCCAACGAAAAAUAGUUCAAGUAUUUUUUUUCUCUUUCUUUUCUUUUUUUUUUAAAGAUAUUACAAAAAUCAAAAUGGCAAAUAUUCAAGGAAGAAAAAAGAUCGCUGCGAGUUAUCGAGUUAAGGAACCUAUACGUAACUUUAAAAUAAGAGUUAGAGUCGCCCAACAGAAGUCUUUGCUGGCCGACUUGUUCGAUACCGAGAACGAUACAAGAGAUCCGAAUUAUUUGGAAGAAGACGAACGUAUUUUUAGAUGGCAAGAGAAGAUCUUCAGUCCCUUCGAAAUUGAAUUUUACAACGACGAAAAAAAUUGCGUUAACGAGUCUCAAAGAAAAUAUCAUGAACUCAUCAAGGAAAAAAAUUUGCAAGCCUCGCGUUUGUAUACUUAUACGGAAACAGAUACGUAUUAUCCCGAUGAAAAUCUGCUUACGAAGCCUUACCAAUCAUAUUUGUCAAUUAAAAAUCAAUUUGCAUUGCCAGCAAUACUAAAUCGUAAACCGUUCACACUGAGGUACAAUAAAAAUGUGAUCGAUGAUAGAAUCAAUGAUAAGAGAAUACGUUCCAAUCAUUAUUUUUAUAUGGAACGUAGUACAAUGUAUAUAUUAGUAGAUUUAAGUGGAAAGGAUAAAUCAGAUUUGUUUCAUGCAUCUGACGUUGAUACAGAAACACUUUUAUGUAGAAUUACUUAUGAUAAAAUGCAUAACAUUCUUACUAUGUACCCUGAUUUUACUUCUGAUGAAUCUUAUAUGCUUACCACUGAUACUGGUAUUAGAUAUGAUUAUUGGCUUGAACAUAUUUCUGAAAUUCAAUCUACAUCGGAGUUGGAACAGCAACAAGAAGAAUUACGACAAGAGAUGCAAAAACUUUUGAUGUAUAAAGCUGCUGAGAUACCUAAUGAAAUAGAAGUAACAGUGCCAAACAUAUUACAAAUCUUUUUAAACAUAAACAUUGUUUCUGCACACAAUUUUUCUUACAAUGGUUUAUUCAUAACUUAUUAUAUCGUUCUGCCAAAAGAUUGGAGUACGAAGCAAAAAGAACGAUUAAUUGGGAGGACACAGAAAUGUUAUUUAAAAGAUAAAACUGCAUACUUUGAUUAUAUCAUGGAAAUAUUAUUGGAUUUGCAUCUAAAUAUAUUAACUAAAAAUGCACCUAUUACAAAAUGGCCAUCUUUGUUAAUAUCAGUAGCGUCUCUUGAUAGUUGGACCAGAUACCGUAUAGAAGGAUAUGGAGUAGUACCUAUAUCGUUAUCACCAGGUACACAUGAAUUAUCUAUACCCACUUGGAGGCCAGCUGGGAAUAUUGUUGAUUCCCUUCGUCGAUUUUUUACAGGUGGUACUUAUGAAUUGGAAGAUAUUACACAUUGUGGAAUUCCACCGGUAUACGAGAGUACGACGUUAGAUAAAUCAAAUUUAAAAGUUGUAUCAAGUGGUUAUGUUAAAAUAAAUAUGAAUAUUGUUCAUCGAUAUAAUGUAAAUACAAUUAAUACAAAUUUUGAAAGCAAAUCUUUUGAAAGAGAGAAUGUUAAUGCACUUAUGAACAAUGUAGAAAAUGUUUUUGAACAAUUCAAAGCAGCUAGAGAACGUAUGUUACAAAUUAGAAAUGCAAAUUUAUGACUUUAUUCUAUAAUCUUAGAAUUAUUCAGUAUUUUGUAUAAAUUUAUAUAUAUAAUAUAAAUUGACAAGUAUACAAAAAAAGUUACGAAUUUCUUUCUUCGAUUACAUAAUCAAAAAUUAUAAUUAAUACGAAAUAUUUAAAAUUAAUAUAAAUACAAAUUUGUUAAGUAUAUAUUUAAAUAUCGUAAAAAAGAAAAUACUACAAAACGAAAUUAUCACGCUCGCAAUAAAAAUUUGCAGUAUGAAGGUA